AUGCCAUUAUGCGUAGCUAGGCAGAUCGUUCUAUACCCCAUUUACUACUUCCCAGACAUGCUCAGCAUCAACGUCAAAACAUUGCUUCUGUAUCUUCUAACGAACAUUACAAGUGCCUCUACCCUCUACCCGACAGUCAAAACAAUCAACGGCACCCUCACUGGGAUACACAACCCAGACUACAACCAAGACUUCUUCCUCGGCAUCCCCUAUGCCCAACCCCCAACCGGGCCCCUCCGCUACCGCCGCCCUGCGCCCCUUACCCAUCCCUUAGGACAAUUCCAUGCAAACAAUUACGGACCAGGAUGCAUUUCCACUUCCAUAAACCUACCUGUCUUCUCACAGACCACGCCAUCCUACCCCGAAAGCGAAGAUUGCCUAACCCUCAAUGUCGUCCGUCCCGCUGGUCUCAACAAAGGCGCUAUACUCCCUUUGCUACUCUUCAUUCACGGCGGCGGUUUCCAGGAAGGCAGUGGUGGAGAUCAACGCUACAACAUGUCUUUCCUCGUGCAGGAAUCAGUCACAGUCGGCGCACCUAUCAUUGGCGUCACGAUUAACUACCGGCUAUCUGGGUUUGGCUUCCUGCCCGGAAGCGCGGUACUUGAGUCUGGCAAUGCGAAUCUGGGUCUGCACGACCAGCGACUGGCGCUUUGGUGGGUGAGGGAGAACAUUGCUGCGUUUGGUGGAGAUGCGGAAAAGGUUACGAUUCAGGGAGAGUCGGCGGGUGCGAUGUCAAUUGGCCAUCAUCUUGCUGCGUAUGGAGGGAAAGAUGAGGGUCUUUUUCGCGCCGCCAUUGUGCAGAGUGGUGGACCGGCGGUUGAUGCGAGGGGAAUGUCGGUGCAGGAGCAGGACGUCCUCUACGACAACUUGCUCAGGCAGACCGGUUGUAUGCUCGAGGAGGACACGCUCGACUGCCUGAGGAGUGUACCCGUCGAGGCGCUCAAAGUCGCUUUCCAAAAUCAAUCAUUGAUCCCAGUUCCGGACGGCCAAUUCUUCGAUGGAAACUCGCGCAUGGCUCUGAAGCAGGGCAGAUUUGUACGGGUACCUAUACUCGCUGGUGCGAAUACGAAUGAGGGUACAUCUUUCACCAUAAGUCAGGGUUUGAAAGGUAUAAGUGACCCCACCCAGUUCCGGGCAGUCGUUGCGGGAUGGUUGGGCCCUGGCAUAGCCAAUACGACGGUGGAUAGUAUCGCUGCUGAAUACCUCGAGCGAAUAUCGCCCGCAGAUCUACAGGAUUCCCUCGGUACUGUGUUGCCAUCAUCCCGCCUGGAGAACGGCAGUCUCUACGGAAUAACUACCUUGUUCGUAGGCGAUCAUAUCUUCAUUGCUGCAAGACGCUUCGCCACAGAGGCGUGGGCUGAAUAUGGCGUUCCUGCUUACAGCUACCGAUUCGACACAGUAGGGAGCGGUGUUUCGGCCGAGACUCUAGGCGCCGCGCACUACACAGAGAUUCCGUUCGUGUUUGGCAAUGUCGACGGUGUUGGACAUGAAGUCAACUUUCUUGCUUCCAACUCCACGGAAGAACGCGAGGAGUUUGUCACACUCAGUAAGCGCAUGUGCAGGAUGUGGUUGAGCUUUGUUAACGAGCUCUCGCCGAAUGCGCAUUAUGCUCUGGACUCUAGCACAUCCUGGCCGGUGUACACAAAAGAGAGCGCUAGAAACAUGCUCUUCAGGAAAAGUGGCAUCAGUCUGGAAGAAGAUACAUGGAGGGCGAGUGCGAUUAGUCGGAUGAACAGCGCUGCUGUUGGCUUGGAAGUCUAG